AUGCAAGUUGAUAUAUACCAAGAAGAAGACGACGAUGAGCUUGCGGAGAAUACCCAGCACCAGCUGAUAUUUCCGUAUCUGAUCAAGGCCACUGAAACUAUGCAUCCAAUGGCACACUUCCACCUGGCCGAGUGCUAUCGCAAAGGGCUUGGAGUUGACCAAGACCACACCAAGGCUGUCGAGUUGUACCGCAGUCUGGCAGAUCGUGGAAUCCCUCAAGCUCAAAUCGCUCUCGGUCGAUGCUUCGAGAGCGGCGAAGGUGUCGACCAAGACUUUGACUCAGCCAUCGAGUGGUAUUCCAAGGCUGCAGAUCAAGGAUAUGACGAUAUCCGCAUUGCAUUCCUUCGUGGCUGCCAUCUCAUGGCUGUGUGUUUGAUCCAUGGAUUCGGAACCACCCGAGAUCAGAAUAAGGCAGUGGGCAUCUUUGAGCAACUUGCCAACGAAGAGCACAGCGACUCAGAGUUCUGGCAGGCCAAUUGCCAUCAAUUUGGCUGGGGAGUAUCGAAGGACAAACAGAAGGCAUUCGAGUGGUUCAGCAAAUCGGCUGGCCAAGGGAACUCGUACGGACAGUUUAUGGUUGGAGACUGCUACUUCGAUGUGCGCUACGGACACACCAAGGACCACACCAAAGCAGCCGAGUGGUUCCGCAAGUCAGCCGAACAGGGCAAUCGAUCCGCACAAAAUUAUCUCGCCAUCUGCUACUUGUAUGGCCAUGGCGUCCCUCAGGACAUUGACACCGCCGUCUUCUGGUUCCGAAAGUCUGCUGACCAGGGAUGGCAAGGUGCCAUUGACAAACUCACGCAACUCGAAGUGUGGCUCUGAUUCCCGAGUUCCUCCCGUUUUCCACACCAAAAAAAUCUCGCUCCAACACCGAACUUCCAAAUCCAAUACCUCCAAUACUUUCAAUAGUUCUAAUACUUCCAAAUCCAAUCCAAUACUUCCAAUACUUUCAUUACAUCUCAUAUGCAAACCACUGCUGUUCCAUACUGUUGGUCCAGAUCAUAUCGGGGCGGUAUAUAUUUUUUUUUCGUUUACGAUAGUUGUAUUGAUUCGAGACAACAAGCCAUCAGUACCAUGCGGUACCCGGCAGUGGGCGUACAAGCAGGCUCAC